CGCUUUUAUGAUUGGACUAUCGUGCGCGUGGGGUUGUUAGCAUUAUAUGCUGCUCUCGUCGUCAACAGCGGCUGUGUAAGUUUGAUUUCGCUGCCCUCACAGCGAGGGCAUUAAUAUAAACCCCUGCAGACAGCGGCUCCGAGUGCAGCUUGUGAAGACGUAGCGUCUGUCGAAUGACAGUGUCUAGGUUACCGCAGCUGACUGGCGGGAAAGUGUCUUACUGAGGCGAGUUCAUGGCGUUAAACUCCAGCGAGGAGGCCGGUUAGCGUUAAACUCCAGCGAGGAGGCCGGUUAGCGUUAAACUCCAGCGAGGAGGCCGGUUAGCGUUAAACUCCAGCGAGGAGGCCGGUUAGCGUUAAACUCCAGCGAGGAGGCCGGUUAGCGUUAAACUCCAGCGAGGAGCCUCCUCCUCACCUGCGCUUCCAGUCCGAGUUACGCUUCUUUGUGACUUGCUCACCAGUUGAGAGUGUGUGUGAUUCCCUGCAGCCAAAGCCUGUCUGAUGGUUUAGUUCAUAACCUUCAGUCGAGGUCCAAACUGAAACCUGCCCGUGGAGGGCAAAGCGGUUGGAGUAUCAGCAGGAAAGGUCUCACAAAAGCAGAGAUUAAAAAGAGGAAACUGGGAAUAACUAACUCCUUGGCCUUCUUGGACGUAUAAGUCUCCGAGAGGAAAGGGAUCACUGAGUUCAGAUACAGUAUUUGUAGGGUCAACCAAGGAUAUCAUUCGCAAACAGAAAAAUGCUUAGGAGUGUGUCAUCACGGUUAUUCAGACAGGUUGUCAGACACAACUCCACAGACACCAGUCUUAUCUUGGAGAGAUCAAUUAACAGAGUACAGCUGCUGGGUCGGGUGGGGCAGGACCCAGUUAUGAGACAGGUAGAGGGUAGAAACCCAGUCACCAUCUUUUCCGUGGCAACUAAUGAGAUGUGGCGCUCUGGAGAGGGAGAGUCUGUAAAUACAGGAGAUAUCAGUCAGAAGACAACAUGGCACAGAAUCUCUGUGUUCAAGCCUGGUCUAAGAGAUGUGGCCUAUCAGUUUAUAAAGAAAGGGUCUCGGAUUCUUGUGGAGGGGAAGCUGGACUAUGGAGAGUAUGUGGACAAAAACAACGUGAGACGGCAGGCCACCACCAUUAUUGCAGAUAACAUUGUCUUUUUAAGUGACAACAUACGGGAGAGAGUCUGAGGUGUCUUUGGAGAAGAUACCAAAUGUCUUCCAUCACGCUAGACUCGAUACUUCGUUGCUCUUGCGCAACUUUGUGUCUGCCCUGCAGUUACACAUCGGACAGAAUGUGGAAGUAACAGUUUUCCAGAAGUAACAGAUUUCCAUAUGUAUCCCUUUGCACUCUAGUGUGCUUAGAUACUGGUUUAAACCAUACAAAGGGUUUUUUUCUCUCUCUUUGUCAAAUAAUGUUGUAUUCAUGGUAUUUUACUGGCGCAUACUGAAGUGUAUUGUGAUGCCAAAAGUAAAACUGACAGACUGAUGUUUAAA